AUGAAACAAUCAUUGAUUAUAUACUCAUGGUUGAUCUUCUUUACCAAAGUCUAUGCUGACUUUUUUUGGGCUCUUGAUCUAGAUUAUUUUUUGCGUGACAGCACCAAUGUUCUACAUAAUGGAACUCACGGUAUUGACAUUGUUUAUGUUGGUGGUGUGGAAUUGAAUAAUACCUACCCCGAAUCACUCCUUUAUGGCAUUGACUUAACUGGUACAGAAGUGUCUGCUAUAAGUACUCAAUUGGCAGCAGGUGUUAAAGCUGUUCACGAUUCGACUAAUGCUUCGACGAUAAAAUCUUACUCAUACCAUUUCUGCAAUGGACAUUUGAGUACUGUCAAAGUUAGAAGAAAUCCAGGCUCCAAAUUUUACAGGGACCAACUUACUGUUGUAAUCAAGUACGGACAGCACAAAACAGCCACACAAGUUUUAUCCGAAACUGAAGUAAUAUCUGCCCAGUGGAUUAAAUCCAAUACAAAGUGUGUGAAAAAAGAAAAAAUAAUUCCCAUCGGCAAUUGGGAUCUAGCUGCUGGUUAUAUCAGCUUUGAAGGUUGUGCUGAUUCGAUUUCAGACUCAUUGUUGGAAUUGGGAACAAAAUACGCCAAUAGAGCUAUUGGAAAUCUUCCUAACCAAGAUACUUGGAAGGCUGAUUUUUCUCAUGGUUCAUGGAACGUUUGUAUGAAAAUUGCAAACAAGUUGUACUAUCUGUUGUAUGAUUUUCGGAACGCAGUCAACUCAACGGGAAAAGAUUUCAAAGUUCCAUAUAGGCACGAUGAGCUAUAA